AUGCGUGUCUCAUGGCUGCUCCUCCAUGUCUCAUCAUUCCUUGGCUAUGUUGAAGCUCACAACGAAAUGUGCAAAUCGACGCCAAAUGAUGCAUCUUGGCCCAGCCUCUGCCAGUGGAAUCACCUCAACGAGAGCCUCUCCGGACGUUUGAUACACCCAUCUCCACCUGCGUUGGCCUGCCACCCUUCCUAUCCUGGUUUCAACAACGACACCUGCACCAAUAUCACGAGCUCUUGGAGCACGUUCGCCUUUCACCAAGACAACCCGAUUAGCACGGCAUGGAACAACAUAAACAAUGAUUCGUGCCUGCCAAACGCAUCUGCGCCGUGCAGCGGUCUGGGAUACCCAGUUUACGUUGUCAAUGCAACGUCUGCGAAAGAUGUCAAGCUUGCAAUUGACUUUGCCAGGGAGAAUAAUGUGAGGUUGAAUGUAAAAGCAUCUGGGCAUGACUAUAUAAAGCGGUCUGCAGCCCCGUACUCUCUAUCAAUCUGGACGAGAUAUAUGGUCGGAGGAUACGAGUAUCAUGACCAUUUCAAGCCAAAAAACUGCAACAUUACAAUUGAUACUACGGCAGUGACCGCAGGAGCCGCAUCAUACGUCAGCGAUGUAUAUUACAACCUGCAUCAACACAAUCUAACAGUCGUUGACGGCAUGGGACCGGAAGUUACUAUGGGCGGUUAUCUGACUGGAGGUGGCCACAGUCCCAUCUCAAACAUUUUUGGGCUUGGUUCCGAUCAGGUUUACGAGGUGGAGAUGGUGACGCCUACGGGAAAAAUAACCAUAGCAAAUGAAUGUCAAAAUACAGAUUUGUUCUGGGCUGUUCGAGGAGGCGGUGGGAGCACAUUUGGAGUCUUGACGAAAGUGACUGUGCGGACUGUUCCAUCCAGCCCAAUUGCGGUAUACGAUUUUACUAUCGAGGCACAAAUAAACUCCAGGGCCUACUGGGACAGCGUGGCAUACCUGCUAGCACAAUAUCCUACCCUCUCUGACUCAAACGUUGCAGCGUAUACAUACAUGUACCCUAAUACCAGCGCCGCCGGAUUAGGAGGCGAUAUAGCGUCCUUUGAAGCGGUGUUUGCCUUGUAUGACCCUGCUUCGGCGAAUAUACUGGAGAACUUGCUGAAACCCUUUUUGCAUCAUGUCAACGAGACGUACUCUGGCCAAAUAACUACAAAGGCAACUUCGACUAUCUUUCCAAACUUCUACAGCAUGUUUCUCAAGUAUGCCGACGAUGGCGGUGCAGGUGUGGACAAGGUGGUUGGAUCUCGCCUGUUGCCGCCGGAGACUCUGACAAAAGACGCUUUUCGUGGUGCACUGAUGGACUUUAUGGGAGAUGCGGGAGGGAGAUUGUACAUGGUUUCUGGAAAAGGUGUUUGGGACGCGAAACCAAGAGGUGGCAGUGAUGCUGUCAACCCUGCGUGGAGAAAGGCGUUGAUUCAUGCUGUGGCUUCACAAGACUGGACACCUUUCGACGAGACUGAACGAGCGACCGUCGAACAUAACAUUAACAACGUCCAAGUCGAAGCUUUGCGGCGACUGGUUCCUGAAUCGGGGGCGUACCUCAAUGAGGCGUAUUGGAAUGAACCCAAUUUCCAACAAGCGUUCUGGGGGUCCAACUAUGAAAGGUUGCAAAAGAUCAAAAAGGCUGUUGAUCCAGAUGAUGUGUUUUGGUGCCAUGUGUGUGUUGGGAGUGAGGAGUGGAAAGAAGUUCGACAUCGUUUGUGCCGAGUUCGGUAG